UUCGUAUAAUUCUAUUGCAAUGCCAGUGGAAAAUGAUAGCGACUUUUAUGAAGAUGGAGACCUUCAAUUCAAUUCAACCUUUGAAGAUGAAGAUGAAGCAUUCGAUUUGGAUGAUUUAUUACCGACUAUUGGUGAAUUUGGUAAAUAUCAGAAACUAUUGGUUUUUGGUAUUUGUCUACCUGCCUGCAUUCCCUGUGGAUUUUGUGCAUUUAAUCAACUUUUCAUGGCUGAUACACCAGAGGAUUACUGGUGUAAAAUACCAGAGCUACAUGAUUUACCAGUGGACCAACAAAAAAAUUUGGCUAUUCCGCAAGUUGUGGAACAUGGUAUUGAAACUUAUAGUAAAUGUUAUAAGUACGCUGUUAAUUGGACCGAAAUACUUGAAAAUUCCGACAUUAAUGAUAUCAGUGCAAAUAUAACAUGGGCUCAUGAGAAAUGUACCGAUGGCUGGGUAUAUAAUACCACAACUGUUUGGUCAUCUAUUGUUAUUGAUUUUGAUUUAGUUUGUGAUCGGGACAUUUAUCCAACAAUUGGCUUAGCUGCUUUAAACACUGGUGGACCAGUUGGUGUGUAUCUUUUUGGUUUAUUGAAUGAUAGAGCUGGCCGUCGUACAUCCUAUUUUACUUGCUUAGCUACAUUGCUAUUGGGAAGUCUUAUUACAUCCUUAAGUACAGAUUUUUGGACUUGGGCGGGCAGUCGUGUUAUUGUUGGUCUAACCAUACCGGCCGUAUAUCAGAUACCAUUUAUAAUUUCACUUGAACUUGUGGGUGAAAACUAUCGUUCUUUUGUGACAGUUAUGACUUGUACGUUUUAUACGUCGGGUAUAAUGCUAUUAUCGUUAGUAACAUAUUUGGAAAGAGAUUGGGUAAAAUUAUCGUAUUACACUUCAGUACCAUUUUACAGUUAUUUUUUGUACUUAUUUGUAAUGCCUGAGUCUCCUCGCUGGCUCUUAAUGCGUGGACGUCUUGAAGAGGCUUUAAAAGUACUAGAACGAAUGGCGCGCGUUAAUGGACGAGAAUUUCCACAAGUAAUCAAAUCAAAACUGGAAGCUAGAAUAUCACGUGAAAAAUUUAAAGAAAAAAAGAAAUCUUUAAAUGUUGGCGUACUGGACUUAUGUCGUACUCCAAACAUGCGUCUAAAAACUAUUUUAAUAACCCUUAGUUGGUUUGCUAAUGAAACGGUUUACCUAGGUUUAAGUUACUAUGGACCUUCGUUGGGUAGCAAUCAAUAUGUUAGUUUCUUUCUAUCGGCAGUGGUGGAAAUACCAAGUUAUUUAUGUUGUUGGUACUUGAUGGAUUGCUGGGGCCGUCGCUGGCCGUUAAGUUUAUCGAUGAUACUGGGUGGUGUGGCCUGCGUUAUUACAGUGAUGAUACCAGAUGAAGCUGUCGAUGAAACGCUCAUACUAUACCUCAUUUCAAAAGCACUAUUAUCUGCUUCAUUCUUAAUAAUUUAUCCAUUUGCUGGUGAAUUGUAUCCAACACAAGCACGUGGAAUUGGAAUUGGGGCAUCAAGUUAUAUUGGUGGUUUGGGUUUAAUAGUUAUACCAUUUGUUACUUACUUGGGAAAGGAAAAUCUUAAACUACCAUUAGUCAUAAUGGGUUUCGUAUCAAUGCUUGGAGGACUUACUGGACUUAGGCUACCAGAAACACUUCAUCAUCGUUUGCCGCAAACGUUAGAAGAAGGCGAAGAGUUUGGAAAAAAUUGGUCAAUGAAUGAUUGUUUGCACUGUCGACCCGCAGAACCAGUACCAUCGCAGCCUGCAUCUUAUGAAAAUUUAGAUGUAUUAGCUUCUAAUACUGCUUCAGAUGUUGAACUCGAAAUGAAAGCGACCGGCUUAUCCGGAAAGAGAAAACGACCCAGAUCUAUUAUUGACGAACGAACACCACUUGAUGAAAAUCGGCCACAACGUAUUUCCAUGAAACGUUUAGUACGUCAAAUGAGUGUAAUGGAUACACAAAAGACACAUGAUGGCACUAUGCAAUUGACACAUUGGAUAUAAGUGAUACAUUUUUAGAGAAGUACAGUCAAUGUCAGUAUUUUGGUAUAGAAAUUUAAUUUGUACAAAUUUAGAAGCGCAAUUAAAUGUUUAAAUAUUUAAACAAA